GCAUCGUCGUCUUCGUUCCACCGUAUCUGCAGCCCAUAAUGGUUGCGCGUAAGAAUCUCUCGCUAUCAACUACUGCCAUAUUCGCCAUCCAACUUGUCGUCAACUUCGCUAGGGCAUUAUUUUACCCGGAACUGAAACCUUACGUUCAGAAAUAUCAAGAUGUCCAUAGGUGUGGACCUAUGCCUGAAGACUACUACCUCGUGUACAGAAACUACCCCUACGAUUCAAACUACGGCGGAACUUCCAAAUGUGUCAAGUUUCAUAAAAUUCAACGCUACAUAGACAUUCAUGCGCUCACCAAGGUCUCCUGGGCCACAUCCGGAUCUGGACGCCAAUACAUGCACGGCCACGACACGCUCACGUCAACACCGGGAUACACUGCCAGAAAUCUGCACACCUAUACUUCUCAUCAUGAGCCUGCGACGUGGAACCAUCACACUAUCUAUAUAGACUGCACUACUUGUUACAUCGGACGUCAUCAUUACGCUCGUAACGGAUACGGCUGCACUUUGUGGCGUGCGGCUUCAAUAGCUUCUCAGAACCGCACCGACUACUGCGAUUUCAUCUUCGACGCUGUCUGCGGUUCGUCUUCGAAGUACUACAUCUAUGGCCCGGCAUGCGAGAGAGCGCCGGAUACGGCUGUCACCAACAAGGCGCCAUGGGAAGAGUGACUCGGGACAACGGAUCAACUGCUGUCGCCAUACUUGAAAUUCGUAAUAAUCCGACUAUGCUCCGAAAUAAAGUCGCCAUGUUAUCUCGCACUUUUUCCUGCAUACAACUGGCGUACAGUAAAC